UCCCGCAGCAAAGUGGCAAAAUUUUUUUGGAAUAAAUGUGAAAAGUCAUCCGGAUGACACCGGCCAGUGAAAGUAAGUAUAUAAAGCGCUAACUAAAAAUAACCAACCAAAAAAAUUGCGAUCUGAUUUUGUAAUGCACGGCUAAUUACUUAGUAUUUAUUGCCAGUAGUACCGGUAAUCCAUUUCGCUAAGACGUGCACAUAACCCAUAUACCGCUAUAUGAUCUGUUUUCUGCAAUUUGACCUUUAGUGCAUUCACAAGGCACCAAAAUGUCGCUUGGGCAUAGUACGGUUGUUUGUGUUGGCCUUUUACUCGUGAGCUUCUACCAUUCGGCUAAUGCAGCUGGAAACAAAGCUUCGAAUUCUGGGACCACCACCGGAAGUGGCAAGUGUAGCCAGCUCCCAAAUGUCCUUUCGAGCACUAACACAUACAAAAUUAAAGAGCUUAUGACCAGCAACCCUUGGUACGGAUACUUGACAUACAACAGCGACACUCGCACGGCGCAGGAUCCUUCAGAGUUAAACGUAGUAAAUUAUUACAUUAGCUACUGGAAAAGCAGUGAGCCAACACGAUCCCAACCGUCGGAACUGAUGUAUCAACAAAAACGGAAAUACGUGAACGGCUCCUGUGCUUACCUGCUGGAAGUAGCGCAGUUUACCACCGAUGGUCGGCAGUUUGGACCAUAUUUGCAAACUAACGGUUCAGGCCAGAUCACUGACGAUGGUUACGAUGCCUCUUUCAUCUGGUCAACUGACCAAAAGACUUACAUCAUGUUUUUCUGGUGCGCCAAACACGACUGGACAUCGGGCAAUUGCGCCAGCACUCAUAUUUACGUUUAUACAAAGGCCAACCCGAAUGACAUUUCCAAGUCUCAGCAAGAUUCCAUAAAUAACGCUGUUAACAGCGUUCUGAAACCCUACUGUCUGGAUACCGGGAAAUUUGCCAAGUAUAAAUGGGAUAAGAACCUGCCGGAGUGCCCUCCACUGCCUGUAUCAAAGAGACCGGACUGUUUUCAGCAUUACGAAAACGCUUUCAUAACACUGAUAGAAAUGUAA